CCCCAGCACAAACUGAGUAGCCAAUACCCAAUCUGCUCGCUUUUGCUGUUGUCUGCAGCGCAAUUGCAUUUUGCAUGCAGCCUGAAAAUUGUCACUGCUUCUACUGCUGUACUGCCUCAUUGGCAAGAUGUCCCAAGUUUAUCUACUUCCGGUAGCCGUGUUCCUGGUUUUCCAGGUGACCUUUAUUGGCACGUACAUUGUAGCUGUCCUGGAAGGUCACGUUGUUCCCACGGUGCCGUAUAUAAGUGAUGCGGCCACCUACUCGCCCGAGAGCUGCGUGUUCGGGGAACUCAUUAAUAUAGGCAGUGUUCUGUUAGGAAUCACCAUCUAUGUGCGCUACAGACAAGUGAUGCAGUUGUACGAGCACCAUCCGGAUCUGGACAGCGCUGUGAAGCGCCAUAGUCGUGUGGCGCUGUGGUGCGGUAUGCUAUCCUGUCUGGGCAUUAGCUUCGUGGGCAACUUCCAGGAGACUAAUGUGCGCAUUGUGCACUUCAUUGGCGCCUUCUGCUGCUUCGGCUGCGGCACUCUCUACUUCUGGAUGCAGGCGCUCAUAUCGUACAUGAUUUAUCCCAUGUCUGGGACCCGCAUUUACGCCCAUCUGCGUCUGGGCAUGUCCGUCUGCUGUACGAUUCUCUUCAUCCUGCUGGCCGUGACCGGGCUUAUGUCGCACAUCCUGUUCAAGGGCCAGAACCCCAGGAAAUGGUAUCCUUCGGACGGUGGCUGGUACUUUCACGUGAUCAGCAGCAUUUCAGAGUGGAUCAUUGCCACCAUAUUUAGCUUCUUUAUUCUGACAUUUACCACAGAGUUCCGCGAUAUUUCGCUCUCGCAUCCCCAUAUUGCAUUGAUGUCCUACUCUACAACAAUUUAGAAUCUAUUGACCGAGUAUUAGUUGGAUGUGAUGAGAUGAGAGGAUGCCAUGCCGCUCAGUGGCCAUGUUGAUACAUCAUCAUUUAAUCCGUCUCUCUUAAAUAAAGCUAACAAUGAUUCCCUCA